CAUAUAUAACAUAAAAAAAAGCCAAUUCACUCUCUAAAAGCUGUUACGGGUUAGACUCACUAAAAUCCCUAAUUGCACGCUCGCACAGAUCGGUAAUGGCACACAUUGCGUUAUCUACUUCAGCUUCAGCUUCAGCUACGCUACUCUUACCCUUCAAUCGAGGAGCAAAGCAAUGGACAAACAAGCUAUUUCCCGGAUUUCCGAAAAGAUAUGGGACCGGCUUCUCGUUAUUUCCGAACAAAGUAGUUCGAUUCGUUCGUUCGGGUGUGACUGUGGCGAAUGGAGGUGUUUUGGAAAUUUCUGAAGGUGAAAAAGCUCCGAGGUCUUAUGUUUGGCAAGACAACAAGAAGCCAAGGGUGUGUAUACUAGGUGGUGGAUUUGGAGGCUUAUAUACUGCUUUGAGACUAGAAUCACUUGUGUGGCCUGAUGACAAAAAACCUCAGGUGCUUCUUGUCGACCAGUCUGAACAUUUUGUUUUUAAGCCAAUGUUGUAUGAGCUUCUAUCUGGAGAAGUAGAUGCAUGGGAAAUAGCUCCUCGUUUCUUGGAUUUGCUGGCAAACACCAGUGUGCAGUUUUUUCAAGACAGGGUAAAACUAUUGCAUCCAGCCGAUCAUUUGGGAAUGAAUGGGCCCUCCAGAUCUCGUUGUGGAGGAACUGUGCAUCUUGAAAGUGGCCUCCUUAUUGAAUAUGACUGGCUGGUUCUUGCCUUGGGAGCUGAAUCAAAACUUGAUUUUGUACCAGGAGCAUUAGAGUUUGCAUUGCCAUUCUCCACCCUAGAGGAUGCACACAAGGUUGACAAUAAGCUAAGAACACUAGAGAGGAUGAACUUUGGCAAGGGCACUCCGAUUCGUGUGGUUGUUGUUGGUUGUGGUUACGCUGGGGUUGAGUUAGCUGCCACAGUAGCAGAGAGACUGCAGGAUGGAGGGAUUGUGCAAGCAAUUAAUGUGGAUACCACAAUCUGCCCAACUGCCCCACCUGGGAAUAGAGAAGCUGCCUUAAAAGUUCUUUCAUCUAGGAAAGUUCAACUACUAUUGGGUUAUUUUGUCCGCUCUAUUCAGAGAGUGGGCAAUGCAGAAGCUUCAGAAAAGCUGACUGACAGUGGAGCAGUUCCGGGUAUUGCUGCAGAACAUGAUCAUGAGAAAUAUAUAUUGGAACUUCAACCUGCUGAAAGGGGAUUUCAAAGGCAAAUCAUCGAGGCAGAUCUAGUAUUAUGGACUGUUGGAUCUAAACCUCUUCUUCCUCUGCUGGAACCCGGUGACAAGCCUCAUGAGCUUCCCCUAAAUGCUCGAGGACAAGCAGAAACAGAUGAAACCCUUCGUGUUAAGGGUCACCCUCGCAUAUUUGCACUUGGUGACUCUUCUUCUUUAAGAGACUCAAAUGGAAGGCUUCUUCCAGCCACUGCGCAGGUUGCAUUUCAGCAAGCAGACUUUGCUGGUUGGAAUAUAUGGGCAGCUAUCAAUGACCGUCCUCUUUUGCCAUUUAGGUUCCAGAAUUUAGGUGAGAUGAUGACUCUGGGGAGUAAUGAUGCUGCUAUUUCACCAAGUUUUAUAGAGGGGCUAACGUUAGAAGGUCCUAUUGGUCAUACUGCAAGGAAAAUAGCAUACUUGAUCAGAUUACCUACAGAUGAGCAUAGGCUUAAAGUGGGUAUCAGCUGGCUUACAAAAUCUGCUAUAAAUUCAGUUUCAUCGCUGCAAAGCACCCUAAGUAAGGUUCUCUCAGGCUCAUAGACUAUUCCUUGUCUAUUUUGUAGAACAUGGUUAAUUAGCUCUUCCAGUUGUACAGUAUUUUUUUUUCUUUUUCUUUUUUUUAUGUAAUGACUUUUAAAAUUCCAUUUGAUUUCGAGAAAGAGGGACACAAAUAGUCAUAGAACGGAUACUAUAUCUGGCUAACAGUAGAGGGUUGUACAAUUUGAUUAAUGUUUUUUAUCUAUAGAGUUUUUCUUAAGCAAGACGAAUGAAAUAUCAAUAUUGCCUAAAUCUUGCCAA